CUGAGGAAUGUGUGUGUGAGAAGAGAUUUCUCCUGUACGAGUCUCUGAGUUUCUGAAUCUGAAGAUGGACACACACCACGGCCUGAUGUUCCUCUGCAUCUGUGUUGGACUCGGCUGUAUCACGACACACACACACACUGCUCUCGUGGAGAAACUGGCAGACCGCAAGAUCUGUGCAGACAAACACUGUUCAUAUGUUCUCUCAGAGGCACGAGCUCUUGAGGACUAUGUGGCUUCAGACUGCAGAUUCAUAAACCUGAGGAGAGGCCAGAAGAUCUACGUGUUCUCCAAACUCAAGCCCGUCGAGGGAGCCGGGGUCUUCUGGUCUGGAAGUGUUUACGGGGAGCGCUAUGUUCACCAGAUGGGGGUCGUGGGGUAUUUCCCCAGUAACUACAUCAACGAGACACGCGUUUUUCAGAAGAACACUGUCGAGAUCCCAACGACUGACAUGGACUUCUUCUGCGCCUAAAGACUCUCAGUCGUUUUUACCCCUGAAUAUUAAUAUCCACAACAACAUUUCAAGGCCCUCCUGCGCUCUAUUCAGAGUUGUGAACCUACAGUACACUCCUACUUUUUAUAAAGUUAAAUAAUUAUAAAUUACUAUUUAUAAAUUUGCUAAUUAACCAGUUUUAUUGAUUGCAAUGAAGAGAUGAUUGGAAUACACAUUAACAUUCACAACCAACAUUUGUACAGCAAUUCAAAUGUUAUUUUUAAUGUGAUUACCAAAAACAUUCGUCCUUUUGAGAUUGUCCCCAUUUGUAAAACCGAACGUUUCUGCAACAUUUGAUAGAAAACAUUUUUGUUUAAAAAAAAUCUAAGUCAUGAUUUACCACAGUGACCAGUAGAUGGCGGCAGAGGAACAUGAUAAGGAUUAAAGAGAAGGAUAUUGAAACAUAUUUUUAUGCUAUUCCUACCCAGUAAAAUAUUUUUCAGCCUGGCAUAAGAAAAAAAAAAAGACAUUCUUUAUAAAAAUGUUUUAUUCUAUUUUAAAAGUUCACUAUUUUGGUUAUUGAGUGUAAUAGACUAGGUUCAAUAAACUUCAGCCUGAUUUUGUUGAUUUGGUCCGAGUGGAUUUGAGGAACCUGUGAAUGCAUUAUCUGCUACAACACUAUAGAUACAGGUAGAUCUAAAUCUGGAUGAUUACUUAUAUCAUUGUAAUAUCGUCAUAAUUCCCGGCCCUUAAACUGGUUAAAGCAUUAGCUACAUAACAUUAUGCAAACUUGGUCAUUCAAGGAUUUGCUGGUGAAAUUAAAGUGGCGAGGACAUCAAUGGAUAUUCUGGUUGUUUCAGUGUAGAGACUUUUAAAGUAAGAGUUUCUUUGCGCAUUUUAUCUAAAUAUUUUACUUUGCAUCUGAAACUAGCAAAAGAAUGAAGCAUUUUAGUGGACCUUUAAUUAUCUGUGCUUGAAAUAGAGAGUAACGAAGUGAUGACGUCACUUGUAGGACAACUCGGAAGCUCCCUCGAUCGAAAAACAAUGCAUUU